UCUACCCACAGCCAGUCACAACACUUAACGUCACGAUUGACGUCAAAUCGGCACUUAUACCAAGACUGCAUAUCAACGGUUUGUUUAAAAUUGGCAUCACCUCUUCUUGAAAUAUCAGUCUGAAACUGCAGAUUGCCUUGUGAUAUUCACUGAUAUUAAUAGGGUGACACCCUGAUAACAGCAUGGCUUUUCUGCAAAUACUGUGCGUGGUUCUGUUGGUUGGUGUCGGCCUAGACACUGCUUCGGCCUGUCAACCACGCUGCCACAAGUGUCCACCGAUAUGGACUUUCUACAAAGGCAGCUGCUACCGUUUAUUCGCCACUAAAAAGAGCCAGCCUGACGCUGAGAAGCACUGCCGGCAGUUCUCUGCAGUCGGCCAGGGUCACCUGGCGUCCAUAGCCAGCGCCGAGGAGAACGAUAUACUCCUGGAGAUGUGGGACUCGGUCCGUGGCACGACAGCAGGCGGCCUGUGGAUCGGCUUCACAGACGAGGCAGAGGAAGGGAACUUCAUCUGGAAUGAUGGGUCGGCGGUCAGCUACACCAAAUGGAAGGAUGGCCAACCCAACAACGCCGGUGAUGAGCACUGCACUCAAAUGUUGCAAGAGAAUAAUGGCGAGUGGAGUGACUUCAAAUGCUUCAAGGAGUACUCCUACAUGUGCAAGAUGACCGCUACAGAGUAAUCGACCCCAAAAUGGAGGACCACGGAGAUGCGUAAGAACAUAAAUUUGCCACAUCAAACCUGCAGUCCUCACAAUCGGUACCAAGUCGAUCUCAUCGACCAUGAUUUUACCAAACGGACACUCACAAACAGUAUCACUUCAAAAUUAAACGUUCAAAAUUAAACGUUUAAGUCGUUUGCACUUCGCAUUUCCGUGGCUUAAACGUUUAGGAACCUGCAUGUGUUAAAGUUUAACAGUUAGUACUUAGCUUUUCUUGUUUAACCAUGUGUCCAUUGUAAUAGCGAGAGACAUUUUAACACACAUCAUAAGCAUCGAAGAACUAAUCUGCUGGUUUGUGCCUACCUUUUCGCCGCACUCGUAUCUCCAAAAACUAAGGAACCAACCAACUGCGUAUCUUGGGAAUGUUUCUCAGAGCUACAACGUACAAAGAAACUUCAAUUCAUACUCAAGACUCCUCACAGCUUCCAACAUCAACUGCAAGCU